AUACGUUAUUGUUUGAAAUAUUUUAUUUAAAGAAAACUAUUAAUAAUGGAUAUUUUCUGAUAAAUAAUAUAUAACAUUUCAAUUGUGUGCGUGUGUGUGUGCGUCUACGAUUCGUACUUAAAAAAUACUAGUCACCAGUAAAGAAAAUUCAAAAUGGUACGCUACACAGAAUUAAAAGGCUUGUACGAUGUGGACAAAACUAUAGGAUGUGGAGGCUUCGCAAAAGUAAAACUAGCAACACAUGUUGCAACAGGUGAAAAAGUCGCAAUAAAAAUAAUGAGUAAGACUGGACUUGGAGAUGAUCUUCCGAGAGUCAAACUGGAGCUAAAAGCACUCAAAUCUUUUGCUCAUCAACACAUUUGCAAGUUAUAUCAAGUUAUCGAAACUGAAACUCACUUUUUCAUUGUGAUUGAAUACUGCUCAGGGGGUGAACUUUUUGAUCACAUUGUUGAAAGAAAUCGCUUAAGUGAGUCUGAAAGUCGUACUUUUUUUAGGCAAAUUGUUUCAGGAGUAGCGUACUUACACAGCUUGGGUUAUGCACACAGAGAUUUGAAACCUGAAAACGUAUUAUUGGAUAAAGAUCAGAAUCUGAAAUUGAUCGAUUUUGGUUUGUGUGCGCGUCCUGAAGGGGGCAUGGAGAGUCCUCUGUUUACUUCAUGCGGUUCUCCAACGUAUGCAGCCCCAGAAUUAGUUCUAGGUAAACAGUAUUUGGGACCUGAAGUAGAUGUCUGGGCAAUGGGGGUACUUCUGUAUGCACUUCUUGUAGGAGCGUUGCCAUUUGAUGAUCUUAACAUUGAUAGUCUGUACAAAAAAAUCUUAAACGGAAAGUACGAAGAACCUACCUUCAUGUCGCCUGAAAGCCGUCGUUUUAUAAAAUCUAUGUUACAAGUAGACCCCAAAAAUCGUAUCACACUAGAAGAAAUCCUCUCCCAUACCUGGCUUACUUCGGGGUAUCUAGACCCUGUAGACUACACGUCAACAGACGCCAAAAAAUACGACAAAGAAUGCAUUAGCGUGAUGUCUUCUUACUAUGAAGUGAGCCCUGAGCGAAUGUGGCGACACUUGAAAAAAUGGAAAUAUGAUUAUCAUACAGCCACUUAUUUUUUACUGUUGUCUAAGAAAAAAAGGGGUGCUACUUUAAGAUUGAAUACUCUGCCUGCUCAAAUGUACUUAAAAAUGAGAAUUGAGGAUACUCCUAGGAAAGAUAAAACGCAGUUACAGCCACUAAUGAUAAUUCAGCCAGAUGAACUGAAAAAUAACGAACUUGUGACAACUCCAUAUUUUGAUUGUGAAGCUGAUGUUGAAGUUUGUACGCCUAAGAAAGCUGAAGAAACUUGUUCUAGUCCAAUUCAGUUUGUACAGCCCGCAAAACCUACAGGUGUUAGGAAGCCCCUGAAGAGAAUGAGGAGCCCUACUUUAGGUGGCGAAAAUUCUCCUGUUCCCGCUAAAAAAAUUUCCACGGACAAAUCCACGCCAAAAACGCCUGAAAGGAAGAGAAUUCAUGUGAAUUCAGAAACACCAGGAUCAGCUAGACGUGUCUUAGGAAGCAUAGAGAGGUCCUUACACAAGGUGCGCUAUGUGUUGACACCGAAAAAAACAGCUGCGGACGGUAUGACGGAGCCUGUGUUACUUAGUACCAAGGAUUUGUGCAACGUUUCAACCACGCAGUGUAAUGAUCCUGAAUACGUAAUUACGGAACUAUCCAAGGCUUUCCAGCGCAAAGGAUUCCACUGUGUCCGCAAAGGAUUUAUCCUACGAGGAAAAGUCGAAGCAAACGUGCUGCAUCCUUGCAAUGGUUGUUCUUUCGAGCUCGAAAUAUGUUAUCUUCCAUGUAUGGGACCAAGUACAAGAAGUCAAAGUUGCGAUACUCCACCCAAGUCCAUAUUAAAGAACGGACCCUUGAACUUUAGUACUCCAACGAACGCAAACUCGACUACUCCCAUAUCGGUCAAGAAAAGAGACAAAAAGAUCGAAUUGCUACACAAAGACAGACAUUUUGCGUUCGUCGGUAUUAAAAGAAAACGCCUAAAAGGAGAUUCUUGGUGUUACAAGAAAGUAUGUGAGGAAGUACUGGCAGUCACAACGAAGGAUUUACAACAGGUCACAGAGUCUACUGUGUGAUUUUAACAAAAAUUAUUUAUGUUUAUUAUACUCAUUGAAUGGUGGUGCGGAGAAUUUUGUCUUUAUUUAUAUGUAUAUCGGGAUUAUAGAAGUAAAAUAAAUAUUUUAA